AAAUUGCUUUAAGGAGAUAACCUGACUUAAGAUGUACAUACGUACAGCACGCCAGUUCAUAGUUCGUAGUUUAAUGGAGAACUGCGUUGCGUGUUGUGUUGCGUAGAAUAUUACAAAUUUAUCGUAUAUAAUACACUUCGUUGUAAUUUGUACAAUGUGUAGAGUUGAAAUAUAUAAUGAAAAGUGACGAUAUUUCAAGUGAGAUCAGUAAUUAGAUCAAAAUAUAUUGCGAAAAAGAAAUUCUUCGACAGAUAAUAACCUUUACUUUAAAACAAUGUAAUAUGUAUUGUGACAUUUCUUUAAAAUAAUCCAUAUAUUUAGACGUAUUUUACACAUAUAAAUCAUUACAUCUCACCUAACCUAUCUAAACGACAUGAAGUAAUACUUACAAGAAAUUAAAUUAAACUAAAAUCAAAUAUGAAUACAUUGUGAAUCAUACCCAAUUAAGUUCAUAACAUAUGAAAAUGUUUCGAAGUCGUAGUUGGUUUGGAGGAGGCCUUUGGAAGCCAAAAAAUCCACAUUCUUUAGAGCACCUUAAGUACCUGUACAAUGUUCUGUCGAAAAAUCAAACAGUUUCUGAAAAUAAUAGAGGUUUAUUAGUAGAAACUCUUCGUUCAAUAGCUGAAAUUUUAAUAUGGGGUGACCAAAACGAUAGUAGCGUCUUUGACUUCUUUUUGGAAAAGAACAUGCUUUCAUUCUUCUUGCGUAUUAUGAAGCAGAAAUGUGGAAGCUAUGUAUGUGUUCAAUUACUUCAGACGCUCAAUAUUUUAUUUGAAAAUAUACGUAAUGAAACAUCUUUGUACUACCUAUUAAGUAAUAACCAUGUAAAUAGUAUUAUUGUGCACAAAUUUGACUUCAGUGAUGAGGAGGUAAUGGCAUAUUACAUCAGUUUCUUAAAAACCUUGAGCUUGAAGUUAAAUACUCAUACCAUCCAUUUCUUCUAUAAUGAGGUAAACGAGCAUACCAAUGACUUUCCUCUAUAUACGGAAGCCAUUAAGUUUUUCAAUCAUUCAGAGGGUAUGGUUCGCAUAGCAGUAAGAACUUUGACUUUAAAUGUAUAUCGUGUGGAAGAUGUGUCUAUGUUGGCAUUUAUAAGAGAUCGCACAGCAGCACCUUAUUUUAGUAAUCUUGUAUGGUUUAUUGGUAAUCAUAUUAUAGAAUUGGAUACAUGUGUCCGAAAUGAUGCAGAUCAUCAAAGUCAAAAUAGAUUAUCAGAUUUAGUGGCAGAACACUUGGAUCAUUUGCAUUAUUUAAAUGAUAUACUUUGUUUAAAUAUACCCGAUCUUAACAAAGUACUCUCAGAACAUCUGUUGCAUAAAUUACUAGUUCCACUAUAUGUAUAUUCUUUAAUGAAACAAAAAGAUCUUUGUCAAAAUCAGGAUGAAAGAAAAUAUGUCAGUGUGGUUGUGGCAUUAUUUUUACUUUCUCAAGUUUUUUUGAUUGUUUCUCAUGGACCUCUUGUAUAUACUUUAGCAGCUGUGAUACUAAAAUCUGAUUUGAAUAUGAUUCAAAUAGGAGUAAGAAAAGUGAUUGAAACAUUUAGCGAUAUAUCAUCAAAUAAAUUAAUCGAAUUUUCACAGCCAAAAGAAACAUUAGAAAAGUCCUUAGAAAAUUUAUGUGAAUCAUUAACCAUAUCAGAAAGUCUCAAUGAAGAUGAUAAUAAUGUAGAAUUUACAAGUGAGACUGGAGAAACUAUAGGUGAAAAAGUACAAGAUUUAAGUAAACCUAGCACAUCACGUGCUCAUAUGUUGCCCUGUGAUACAUCUAUUAAGAGCUCUGAGGAAUUAGAUAUGAAUAUUUCGACUGAAGAACUAGAAGACAUAAAGCAUUUGAAUGUAACUGAUGAAGAGAAAGAACGUUUGGCACUAGAAAGUCCAUUAACACAGAGUCAAAUACAACAUAAUGCUCUUGAAUUAUUAUCAAAUAAACCAUUUUUAGAAACUAUAUUGAAUUCCUUAUUUUGUACAGAAAAUGAUUAUGCUGCAUUAUUUGGAUUGUGCUUACUUUAUGCAUUAGCCAAUAACCAGGGUAUAAAUCGUGAAACAUUGGAUUUAGUUUUAUCUCCUUCACAGAAUGCAGAAACAAAGAAUUGGUACAAUGAUAUAUUAAUAGAUAGACUAAUUCAUAUAAUCACUCUAAGCUGUCAAACAAAUGCUAAAGUAAGGCUUGUUACACUGGAAUUAACAAUCAAAUUGUUGACACAGUUAGUUUUAUCAGAAGGACAAAGUCUUCUAAAAGAUUCGCAUUUAGCAGCAAUUGAAGCAGCAAAAGAACAAAGCACAGCACUUUUGAGGAACUUUUAUAAGAAUGAAGAGAUAUUCUUGGAUAUGUUUGAGGACGAAUAUAAUGAAAUUCAAAAAAGACCUUUAAAUGUUGAAUGGUUGAUGAUGGACAGUAAUAUUUUAUUACCUCCUACGGGUACCCCAAUGACUGGUAUUGAAUUUAGUAAACGAUUACCAUGUGGUGAAGAGGAAAGAGCACGUCGUGCGAUUAGAGUAUUUUUCUUAAUUCGGGAAUUGUCUUUCACUAUUAAUAUGGAAGAAGAAACACAGCUACCCUUAACAAGUCCAGAUAAUUGUGUUCAAGUUACCAACGUACUUGAUCUAAAUAACAGUGACAUAAUAGCAUGUACAGUUGUAUGGAAAGAUGGACAAAAAAUCCAUUGGUUUUUGGUCGUUGAUGAUACACAAUUAAUUCUAGUUGAACCUGACGCCAAGCUUGGGUGGGGUGUAGCAAAAGUAGUAGCCUUUUUACAGGAUAUUGAAGUAGCAGGUGACAAGGACGAUUCCAGAUGUUUGAAUUUAACUAUAUACAAGCCUCUGAGUAAUAGCACAGGCAACAGAGUUCCGUUACUAUCAACUAAAUUUAUCUUUAAUGAUCAUAUUAGGUGCAUGGCUGCAAAACAAAGGCUAACCAAAGGUAAAAUAAAAGUACGGCAAAGAAAGAUAAAUCAAAUCGCUCGAUUAUUGGAUAUACCAACAAGUAUACCCCAUUCGUCUACUCCCCCAAACUAUGCUUUACGUAAUAUGCGACAUGACCGUUUUCUUGGACGUGGACAAAGGCAGAAGGAUCAAUCAAGACCAAUGUUUACGGUAAAUAAAGUUCCAGGAUUCGCUGCACAAAUGCGCAGGGAACAUGUCCUUAGACCUGUUCUUGGUCUUCCAUCAACUAGUUGUAAGCGUGUUGAUAAUAACUCUAAUGAGAAGAUUCAUGAAAAUGGUUUACGAUCUAGAGAUAGUUCUCCAAAAAUGCCACGUCCGCGUAGCGAGGAAAUACCUCUUGAGGAUAUGCGUAAUCGUAAAACAUCUUUGACGUCUAAUGGAGCAAGCGCAUCUCACAUAUGUUUAGAGAAGAAAGAUAAUUGCAAUUCUGGUAGUUCAACUAAUAGUGAAUCUUCAUCUAUAAUUAGAAAACGUUCCGAAGAAACAUCGUUUACUUCUCCUCAAAAUCAAGAAGUUAAACCACGUAGAAAGGGUCAAGUGGAGACUGUAUGAUUAUAUAAGAAUAGAAUUAUUUUUAAAACUUGGAGAAAGGAAAAUUUUUGUUAGGAAGCUGAUGAAAGAAGAAAAAUGUAUAUACAUUUUUGAAAUAGAAACAAAAUUCUCAAUCAA